AUGCCAUUGGGGCUCCUCAGCAACUUUGUUCAUCAGCCACCCCCAAAAAUUGAUUACCUAUCCUCUUUUCACUUGCUUCAGAUUUUCUGCCAGGACAGCGAUAUUUACUUUCUGUCACGGUUUCUUUUUCGUCAUAACGACUUCCAGAUCUGGUCUACUCUCCCCGCCUCACUCCCUUUACUCUUUUUGCCCCGCCUUUAUCUGUUCAUUUCUACAAUACCUACCUCCAUCAUUUCUCAUCUUACAAUAGAUUUCCCUUCUUCCUGCGCCUACCACUCAUCCCCUUCAGCUGUAAUCUCAUUCUUUCAGUCACUUCUUCAUGUUGUCCAUCUACUUCGCCUUUUACCUCUUGCAUCUUCUUAUCUUCCUUUAUUACUUACCACCUGCUCAAUUUGUCAUCGUUUUUCCUUUCUUUCUUCCUUUCUAUCUUGCUUUCUUUCUUCCUUUCAUUCUUUCUUUCUUUCUUCCUUUCUUUCUUCAUUUAUCUAUCUGCCUCUCAUGCUUUCUUCCUUUUCACUUCUCUCUCUCUCUCUCUCUCUAUCUAUCUAUCUAUCUAUCUAUCUAUCUAUCUAUCUAUCUCUAUAUUCGAACCUUCAAAACAAUAAGCUUAAUAAAUAUUUCUAUCGAUUUACUUUUUCUCACUCUCUUUCUUUUCUCUUCCUCCUCCUCUUCCUUUAUUACUUUCAUUCCUUUCAUUUUGAUUUUUUCUUGAGGCUCUUUAAGUUUUGUUUUUUCCUCCGCUUUUUGUCUUUUCUUCCUUUCUUUUCUUUUCUCUCCAAUAUUUCGUUUUGA